AUGGUUGGUCCUUGUCGUGCUCACAAAAAGCUGCAACUUUUGUAUCAGGCCCAUAGAACUCUAGUAACAGUUUCUAUCCCAGCAAUAUUCCUGGUGAUCAUACUCACAUUCAUCAUUGCUCUAUGUCAAGAAAAACUUCCACAUACUCUUGCACCAGGUCCCAAACCCUUGCCAAUUAUUGGUAACCUUCACUUGUUAGGGAAACUCCCACAUCGAGCCCUUCAAUCCCUUGCCACAAAAUAUGGUCCCAUAAUGUCCUUCAAGCUAGGGCAGGUUCCAGCCAUCGUGGUUUCAUCCCCUGAAACUGCAGAACUGUUCCUCAAAACCCAUGAUACUGUUUUUGCCAGCAGACCCAAAAUCCAGGCCUCAGAAUCCCUUUCUCAUGGCAGCAAAGGUUUGGCCUUUUCUGAGUACAGUGCGUACUGGCGUAACAUGAGGAAACUGUGCACUCUGCAGCUUCUGAGUGCCUCAAAAGUUGAGAUGUUUGCUCCUCUGAGAAGGGAGGAGUUGGCAGAGUUGGUGAGGUCGCUGAAAAAUUCUGCAGCAUCACGUGAGGUUGUGGAUCUGAGUGAGUUGGUGGGGGAGCUGAUGGAGAACAUAGUGUAUAGAAUGGUGUUGGGGCGUACGAAUGAUGAUAGGUUCGACUUGAAAGGGCUCGUUCAUGAGGUUAUGAACUUGGUUGGAGCUUUCAAUCUUGCAGAUUACAUGCCCUGGUUAGGGGUGUUUGAUCCUCAGGGAAUUAGAAGACGAUUAAAGAAAGCAAGCAAGUCAUUUGACGAGGUGUUGGAGAAAAUGAUCGAAGAACACGAGAGUGAUUCGCGUGACAGACAUGAAAAACGCGGCAAGGACUUUGUGGACAUACUGCUAUCACUCAUGAACCAACCCAUUGAUCUUCACGACCACCAAAACAUCAUCGAUAGAACACAAAUCAAAUCCAUCGUAUUAGACAUUAUCACUGCAGCAUUUGACACUUCCUCCACGACGGUGGAGUGGGCCAUGUCUCAACUCUUGAGGCACCCAAGUGCGAUGAAGAGACUUCAACACGAGCUAGAAACUGUGGUUGGAAUGAACAGACACGUGGAGGAAACUGACUUGGAAAAAUUGCCUUUUUUGAACAUGGUGGUGAAGGAGACACUAAGGUUGCACCCCGUUGCACCUUUGCUGUUACCUCGUGAGUGCAGAGAAGAUGUUACUAUUGAUGGUUAUUUCAUAAAGAAAAAAUCAAGGGUUAUUGUAAAUGCAUGGGCUAUAGGGCGAGAUCCUAAAGUUUGGGACAAUGCUGAGAUUUUCGAUCCUACCAGGUUUCACAAUAACAACGUAGAUAUUCGUGGAAAUGAUUUCCGGGUUAUACCAUUUGGGUCGGGUCGAAGAGGUUGCCCCGGGAUUCAUUCGGGUCUAACCACGGUUAAAAUUGUUUUGGGUCAAUUGGUUCAUUGUUUUGAUUGGGUGCUUCCAUUAGGCAUGUCUCCUAAUGAGUUAGACAUGCACGAAAUAUUUGGUCUCACAACACCAAGAAAGAAGCAUUUGUUAACUAGACCCAUUUAUCGACUAGUUGGUUAG